AUGGGCGGGUGAGGCCGCUGCCAGGUUCGGGGCGGAAGGAACAUCUCCAGCUAAGACGGAACGAAAGAUGGCGGCGGAGACGCUGCUGUCCAGCCUGUUGGGAUUGCUAUUUGUGGGGCUCCUGGUACCUGCGCGUCUGACGGACAGUGUCGGGAGCCUGAAUUUGGAGGAGCUGAGUGAGAUGCGUUAUGGGAUCCAGAUCCUGCCGUUACCUGUCAUGGGAGGGCAGAGCCAAGCUUCAGACGUGGUGAUUGUGUCUUCAAAGUACAAACAGCGCUACGAGUGCCGCCUACCAGCCGGAGCUAUCCAUUUCCAGCGCGUGAGGGAGGAGGAGGCACCUGCUUACCAAGGGCCUGGGAUUCCCGAGCUGUUGAGCCCCAUGAGAGAUGCUCCAUGUCUGCUGAAGACCAAGGACUGGUGGACAUACGAAUUCUGUUAUGGACGCCAUAUCCAGCAGUACCAUAUGGAAGACUCAGAGAUCAAAGGUGACGUCCUGUAUCUCGGCUACUACCAUUCAGCCUUCAACUGGGAUGAUGAAACAGCCAAGGCCUCCAAGCAGCAUCGGCUGAAACGCUACCACAGCCAGACCUACGGCAACGGGUCUAAAUGCGAUCUCAACGGGAGGCCCCGAGAGGCCGAAGUUCGGUUCCUAUGUGACGAGGGUGCGGGUGUCUCUGGGGACUACAUCGACCGCGUAGACGAGCCCUUGUCAUGCUCCUACGUCCUGACCGUUCGGACCUCUCGGCUCUGCCCCCACCCCCUCCUCCGGCCCCCCGCCAGCGCUGCUCCGCAGGCCAUUCUCUGUCACCCAGCCCUGCAGCCUGAUGAGUACAUGGCCUACCUCCAGAGGCAAGCCGACUCAAAGCAGCAUGAAGAGAAGACCACAGAGGACAUUCAAGGCACAGACCAGCUAGUGUGGGGUGAGACCAAGUCGGCUGGCACAGCCCCAGGGAAAGAAGAUGUCAGCCCAGCCAAGGAAGAUAAGGAAUCAGAGUUCUGGAAGAUGCUUCGUGAGCCAGAGGAACAGGCUGCGGGAGGAGAGGAGGCACAGGCGGGGGAGCAGGACCUGACCCCUGAGGCUGCAGCAGACCCAGCAGCACCUGGCCCUCCUGAUGAUUUUCAGAACAAUGUGCGGGCCAAAAUCAUCCGAAGCCCUGCAGACUUGAUCCGAUGGAUAGAGGAGUUGAAAGGUGGGGCAAAAAAGGGGAAGCCAGGACCAGGUCCGGAGCAGCCUGGAGAAGAUGCCACAGUGGCCCCUGAGGGGGAAGCAGAGGUGAAGGAAAAGAGUGACGAGCCUCAGGGUCUUGUGGAAGAAGAGGACAGUGACGAUGAGGAGGACGAAGAUGAGGAUGAGCAGCAGUUACUUGGAGAGUUCGAGAAGGAGCUAGAGGGCAUGCUGCUUCCCUCAGACCGAGAGCGGCUCCGCUCAGAGGUUAAGGCCGGCAUGGAGCGAGAGCUGGAGAACAUUAUCCAGGAGACAGAGAAGGAGCUGGACGCAGAAGGGCUGAGGAAGGUGUCAGAGCGGGAGCAGGCCAUAUUGGCUCUCACAUCCACUGUCGACAAACUCAUCAAGAGGCUGCAGGAAAGCCAGACUCCAGAACCUGUGCAGAGACACAAGAGAAGGAGAGCCGCCCCCCAAAAACCUCCCCCAUCACCACACCCCACAGAGGAAGAGCCUGAGCACAGAGUCCGGGUUCGAGUCACCAAGCUCCGUCAUGGAGGCCCCAAUCAGGAUCUGACUGUCCUGGAGAUGAACCGGGAAAACCCACAGCUGAAACAGAUCGAGGGGCUGGUGAAAGAAGUGCUGGAGAGGGAGGGGCUCACGGCGGAAGGCAAGAUUGAGAUCAAAAUUGUGCGACCCGGAGCAGAAGGUAAUGAGGACACACGUUGGCUGACUGAUGAGGACACAAAAAACCUUAAGGAGAUUUUCUUCAAUAUCUUGGUGCAGGGAACAGAAGAGGCCAAUAAAGAGCGCCAGCGACAGAAAGACCUGGAAAGCAAUUACCGCCGUGUGUGGAGCUCUCCGGGUGGUGAGGACACUGGGGACCUGGAUGAGUUUGACUUCUGAAGCCGGCGCUACCUACCAGACCCUGCAAGGGUUCCAGCGUCUUCCCUGCUGCCUCUGCCUCCCUACCUCCUGCCCUGGGGCCCUGGAGGCAAAGGGCAGAUUGGAGCUUAGCUCUGGACUUCAGGGGGCCUAGCCCUGUGGGGGUGU